AUGAAGCGCGGUGACGUUCCAAGCACAUAUCUCUGUUUCUUCGAAACAAGCACCUCCGUUGGAGAAGUGGUUCUCCCUUGCGUGUACAUCGGCCCCUUCGUCAAUGAGGCGUUAUACCAACCUGUAACUGGUCUGGGAGACCACCCGACCGAGAACGGUGUUGAGAGGCUGCGGCGGGCGUCCAUUACCACCAUCAUAGCGCUGGAUAAUACGGGCGGCACCGAGUGGUUGUGGCGGGGGUUAACUACCAUCAUCGUGCUCAAGGAUAAUGCCAUCCUCCUGAGCAGAAGCACCACUGUCAAGGAGCAGCUGCAUCAGUCUCUCGCUGCGAGCAAUGCGGUCGCCAAUCCAGUUGUGGCUUUCAUGCUCAUGCCCAUUUCUGUCGUUACUCGAGUGCGAAAAGGAAGCCACAGCGGACAGUACGAGGUUGACUACCCAGCAGGAAACGCACUAUCUCAAGCUGGGCGUACUGACAGGCUUCAUUCAGCAGUAGGAAUCCGCGCUGGUCAAGCGGCUGUAUUAUCCAAGCCGGAUUGGAAUCAUAAUGAUUCAGAAGCACGCGAAGGGCGUCAGUGCUUCUAUGCGCAGCAGCAACCCAGAAAGGGCCCUAGUAAUACCCCUCUGACGGACCAGGGGCAGCCCUCUGGGUUUUCUCGAUAUUCGAUUCACAAUCGCGCCGCCAUUGCGCUCAAUGAUUCUGUUUAA